UCUAUUCUUUUCUAACAACAAAAUAAUUACAAACGUGGUGGCACGAAACUCCUCUUGGUGGGUCCCACUAACCCUUACUGUACUUCAUCACUUCUCAUGGUCCCUUCCAGACUUCCAUGAAAUAAAACUUCAAACUUCAAACUUCAAACCCUUUUCUUCUUUGUGCCUCAAACACAACACAAAAAGCUCUUUUUUUUUUCAUUCAUUUUUCGAAAAUGCCUAGUUGGAGAUUGCUUCUAUGGUUGAUUUUCACAUUGAGUUUGUUCUUUGGGAAGAAGACGCAUUGUCAAGAAAUGAAUGAUUAUGACCAACUCGAUAAUCCUGCUGUUCUUCCCCUUAUUACUCAGCUUGUUUAUAGCAGAAUUUCCAAUUUGACUUCAAUUCUCAGUCACCAGAUUAGUGCAGACUCCAAUUUCUGUGUCAAAGAUCCGGAUUCUGAUUGGAAUCAAGCCUUUAAUUUUUCAUCGGAUUUGGGCUUUUUGGCUUCUUGCAUUAAAAAGACUAAAGGAGAUAUUACAAAUCGUUUGUGUACAGCCGCAGAAGUGAAGUUUUACUUAAAUAGUUUAAUGGAUAGAUCUACAAGUGCCAAUUAUUUAAAGCCUAAUAAGAACUGCAAUUUAACCUCGUGGGUUCCUGGUUGCGAGCCCGGAUGGGCAUGUAGUGUUCCCCCUAGCCAGAAGAUUGACCUUAAAGAUUCAAAGGAUGUGCCCGCUAGAACUUCAAAUUGUCGAGCAUGUUGCGAAGGCUUCUUUUGUCCUCACGGUAUCACAUGCAUGAUACCAUGCCCUCUAGGUUCCUAUUGCCCCCUUGCUACACUCAAUAAAACGACUGGCAUAUGUGAACCAUAUCUUUAUCAGCUACCUCCAAUGCAGCCAAACCAUAGCUGUGGAGGAGCAAAUAUUUGGGCUGAUUUUAGUAGCAGUAGCGAAACAUUUUGUUCAGCGGGAUCCUUUUGUCCAACAACCACCACAAAAUUUCCUUGCAGUAGUGGGCAUUACUGCAGGACGGGUUCCACAUCUGAGAAAAGAUGUUUCAAGCUAAGUUCAUGCAAUUCAAACACAGCAACCCAAAACAUGCAUGCGUAUGGAGUUAUGCUCAUUGCAGCUUUGAGUACUUUGCUACUCAUUAUUUACAACUGUUCUGACCAAGUUCUCACUACUAGGGAAAGGAGAGUAGCAAAAUCAAGAGAAGCAGCAGCUAGAAGUGCAAGGAAAACUGCAAAUGCACACCAAAGAUGGAAACUUGCAAAGGAUGCUGCUAAGAAAGGUGCAUCUGGGCUGCAAGCUCAAUUAUCACGGAAAUUCUCUCGUAAGAAGGAUGAAGAAACUCUUGAAAAGGUUAAAAUUUUAAACCAGGAGACUUCUGAAAUAGAUGUUGAAUUGUUUCCACAUUCACAACCUUCAAGCAUGGUUGCAAGUUCGUCUGCCGUGCCAACUGAAAAGGGGAAAAAUCCAAGUGGGUUAAUGCAUAUAGUACAUGAAAUUGAAAAUGAUCCGCAUGUUGACCACAAUCCCGAUACAAGAAAAGAAACUAGAUAUAAAAGCGCUACAAAGGAAAAACAACCACAUACUCAUACACAAAUUUUCAAGUAUGCAUAUGCUCAACUUGAAAAAGAGAAGGCUCAGCAACAAGAAAAUAAGAACCUUACCUUCUCGGGAGUACUAAAAAUGGCUACAAAUACUGAGAAAAUUAAGAGGCCUUUUAUUGAGAUUUCUUUCAGAGAUCUAACUCUCACACUGAAAUCUCGAAACAAACAUAUAUUGAGAAAUGUUACCGGGAAAAUCAAACCUGGCCGUAUCACCGCUGUCAUGGGUCCGUCAGGAGCUGGCAAGACAACAUUUCUUUCAGCUCUAGCUGGAAAGGCAUUUGGAUGCUUGGUUACUGGUUCAAUUCUUAUAAAUGGAAGGCACGAAUCAAUUCACUCGUUUAAGAAAAUUAUUGGCUUUGUUCCACAAGAUGAUGUAGUUCAUGGAAACUUAACAGUGGAAGAAAAUCUCUGGUUCAGUGCUCAGUGCAGGCUAUCAGCUGAUUUGUCAAAACCAGAAAAAGUUCUGGUUGUUGAAAGAGUUAUUGAAUUCUUGGGGCUUCAAUCUGUGCGGAAUUCCGUAGUUGGAACUGUGGAAAAGCGAGGGAUCUCUGGAGGACAAAGGAAGCGUGUAAAUGUUGGAUUGGAAAUGGUUAUGGAACCUUCACUUUUGAUGUUAGAUGAGCCAACAUCUGGCCUGGAUAGUGCAUCAUCUCAGCUUCUUCUAAGAGCAUUAAGACGUGAAGCUCUUGAGGGAGUGAACAUUUGCAUGGUGGUUCACCAACCUAGCUAUGCUUUGUUCAAGAUGUUUGAUGACUUGAUACUUCUGGGUAAAGGCGGUCUCAUGGUCUAUCAUGGAUCUGCCAAGAGAGUUGAAGAAUACUUUUCAGGUCUCGGGAUUAAUGUUCCGGAGCGGAUAAACCCUCCAGAUUACUAUAUUGACAUUUUGGAGGGCAUAGCAGCACCUGCUGAAAGUUCAGGACUCAGUUAUGAGGAUCUACCAGUUAAAUGGAUGCUUCAUAAUGGAUAUCCAAUACCUCUUGAUAUGAGGCAGCAUGCAGCACAGUUUGAUAUGCCGCAGAGUGUAAAUCCACUUAAUGACAUAGACUCCAAUGGCUCAGGUGAUGUUGGAAAAACGUUUGCUGGAGAAUUAUGGAAUGAUGUGAGAAAUAAUGUGGAAGUGCGAGGGGAAAAGAUAAAACUUAAUUUUUCAAAAUCCAAGGAUUUAUCUGACCGGAAAACUCCUGGUGUAUUCAAGCAAUAUAAGUACUUUCUUAUACGGGUUGGGAAGCAGCGAUUGCGAGAAGCUAGGAUCCAGGCCGUAGAUUAUCUUAUUUUAUUACUUGCUGGAGCCUGCUUAGGAUCAAUUACCAAAUCGAGCGAUCAAACAUUUGGAGCAUCCGGUUACACCUAUACGGUGAUUGCUGUAUCUCUUCUAUGCAAAAUAGCGGCAUUGAGAUCAUUUUCUCUGGAUAAAUUACACUACUGGAGGGAGAGUGAUUCUGGCAUGAGCAGUUUGGCUUAUUUUCUCUCAAAAGACACAAUGGAUCAUUUUAAUACAGUGAUCAAGCCUGUGGUCUACCUAUCUAUGUUCUAUUUCUUAACCAAUCCCAGAUCUACUUUUGCAGCUAAUUAUAUUGUGUUGCUUUGUCUUGUAUACUGUGUCACCGGCAUAGCAUACGCAUUGUCCAUAGUUUUUGAACCUGGCGCGGCUCAGCUGUGGUCAGUACUUCUUCCAGUUGUUUUGACUCUCAUUGCAACACAACCAAAAGAUAGUAAAAUCUUAAAGGCCAUAGCUAACUUAUGUUACUCUAAGUGGGCUUUACAAGCAUUGGUCAUUGCAAAUGCUGAAAGGUAUCAAGGAGUAUGGCUCAUAACUCGUUGCGGUUCGCUUCUAAAAAGCGGGUAUAAUCUUCAUGAUUGGAGUCUCUGCUUAUCCAUGCUCAUUCUUAUGGGUGUAAUCGGUCGCGCAAUAGGGUUUUUCUGUAUGGUCACCUUCAAAAAGAAGUAAGGCAAAACUUUAUGCUACUGAAAUUUUAUGUUUCAAGAAUGAGUUGUACAAAUUGGGGAGGGUAGUAUGAUCAGAAUUUGAUAGGAUUUGUAGUAAAAAUUUGCAGGAUCUCAAGAAUGUUUGAUUUUUUUGGGGGUGAUAUUGGUUGUUGAGCAGAAUAUGUAAGUUGUAGAUGACAUCAUCAUAUUAUGUUAGUAGUAUAUGAUCAGUCACUUGGAAUUUUCAUUUA